AUGACGGUGGAUGCUGCAAGACAAAUUCAAGCUACUGACCACCCAACGAAUCCCGCCAACAGGCCGGCGUCGGUAGACCAGACAUUCACGGAUUUCGAUGGCGUUGCGUACCACCUCGAGUCGCCGAGUAAGGCGGGCCCGUUGACGCUGUCCAUGGACAUCCGCUGCUGGUCGGAGCUGGUGCAGGCGGGAGCGAUGGAUGUGCUCCAGCGCGAGUACGGCUCGUGGCUGCGCAGCUCGGUGGAGCCCGAGUACAGCGUGACGCUCGAGUUCGACUUUGCCAAGGUGCCUGCGCCAGGGCCGGAGCGCGAUGCGCUGAUCGAGAGCGUGUCGUUGCUCAAGCGCAAUGCCAUGGCGGCGCCGUUCGAGCGCGCGUUUGCGCUGCAGAAACAGCUCGAGCAGGCGUCGGAAGGCGGCCAGCCGGCCGCGCCCGGCGAGAUCAUGCCGAUCAACUACCGCGACGACGAGGCGAUCUACGUGAUUCCGUCGGCGGAUCGUGUGACGGUGGUGUUCAGCACGACGUUCAAGGAGGAGACGGACAAGGUGCUGGGCAAGGUGUUCCUGCAGGAAUUUGUGGAUGCGCGACGCCAGCCGUCGAUCCAGAACGCGCCGCAGGUGCUCUACUCGAAUCGCGAGCCACCGCUCGAGGUGCGCAACGUCGCCGGCCUCAACCGCGGCGAAGACGUCGGCUACGUCACCUUCGUGCUCUUCCCGCGACACUUUGCCAACGCCGAGGUGAUGGCGGGUACGAUCUCGCGCAUCCAGCUGUUCCGCGACUAUCUGCACUACCACAUCAAGUGCUCCAAGGCGUACAUGCACAGCCGCAUGCGCCACCGCGUCGCCGAGUUCCUCAAGGUGCUCAACCGUGCCAAGCCCGAGCUCGCCGAAAAGGAACGCAAGACCGCCAGCGGCAGGACGUUCCGUCGUGCAUGA